GGUUGGUGGGCAUGGUCACAACUUGACCAGCUAGCUCUCGACGCGACCAGCCCCACCACUGGAGUGGUGACUCCAACUUUCAUUGCAUAUCUGCCCACGAUGCUCUACUUUCUCGUGCGCCUGGUGCUGUUGCUGCCGCGGGUCGUGCACCUUGCUGCCAUUUACUUUUCGAUGGCGUUGGUGGCCUUCGAGUCUACUACAUCCGACGGCAUCUACGAAGGGCUUCCACGAUGGCCGUCUCUAUCCACCCCGACAGGAUGCCUACGGUCGCUCGACUGGUUUGGCACUGUCGUCUUUGCCAUGAGCGGAUCACUGACUGCAGCUUCGUCUGGGGCGGAUCUCCAUGGCUGUAUCCUAGUUGGUACGAUCACGGCCGUCGGCGGGGGAACGCUGCGCGAUGCCCUCGUGCUGAACCAUACGCCCAGCUGGGUCGAAGAAUGGGAGUACCUCGUGCUGAGUGCGUUUGCCGCGACCGUGACGGUCUAUUGGUGGCAUCGAAUACAAUCCGGUCAGCCAUUCUGGAUGGGGCUGACACUCAAAGCGUUGGACGGCGGCGAAGGAGACCUCAUGCAGUGGGGGGAUGCCAUCGGCGUCGGCGCGUUUGCCGUCAUCGGGGCCAUGAACGGUAUCCGUGCGAGUCAGCCCAUCGUUGUGUCUGCACUCUGCGGCGUCAUGACUGCGACGUUCGGCGGCAUGGUGCGCGACGUUUUGUUGCACCGCCCCGUGCGCAUCCUCCAUCCGUACGCCGACACGUACGCCUCGAUUGCCCUGGCAUCGGCGGGGUCGUAUUUGGCCAUGCAAGCUGUACCUGCGUUUCGACCGUUCCAAGGGAGCCGCAUCCUCCUCAGCGUCAUGGUGGCCGUUGUGCUGCGCCAUCAAGCAUGGAGUAAAGGGUGGCGCCUGCCGUACUGGGACGUUGUCCAAGUCAUGGUGUACGAUAACCAAGAUCCUCGCAAUCUCGCGAUGAAAAAAACCAUCUCGGACGGCAACUUGUCCGAUACCAACACCGACGACACGUGCACGUCCGCCAACGAUCUCCUCCGUGUGUGACAUCCGUCAUGUUUAACUUAAAAUCGUCUCGAUUCGUCUUGAACUCGACACCACCCUCAG